CUCGCCUAGAAACGCCCCAACUUUAUCCAUCACCGUACCCCACUUUAGGAACAAGAAAAAAAAAAGGUAUCUGCAGAAUUGAAUAUAUAACGAAGAGCCACCGAUCUCCAGUCUGAAGGUCCCGAAACCGCCAUCUGUUUCUUUGGACGACACCAAACAAACAAAUCCAGUACAGCCAAGAAACUCCCGAUUCCUUUUCGACUGGUGAACCUUCAAUCCGGCUCGCACAAGCUCCAGCUUUCUCCGGCUUCCUGCGCACACCCAACAGGGGUUUUUUUUUUUCAAAGAAACACUUUCCGGGCGAGAUGGGGCUACUCAAGCCAUCAAGUAACCGACGGCUAUCACUGGCCAAGUUGAAGGGCUCUUCGUCCACCGGAAUGACACCAGGCCGGGCCUCGCCAGCGCCCCCGCAGAUCAUCACAUCCACCCCAAACCCGUCCUCGAGCGAACUACACCAGCAACACCAACUUCAGGGCAAAUCCGACUCGCCAAUCGACCAUGACAUCCCCCCCUCUCAUCAUGUCGCCCUCAAUAUCCCCAGCCAGCUUAAGCCGGCUUCGCAGAGCUUAAACGAACUCCAUCGCCCUUCCCCCGUCGUCCAAAACUACAAUGAAACCCCUUUUCAUAAUCUUCAGGCUACGACUCAGGAGGAUAGUCAAUUGCUCGGCGUCCAUCCGGUGGCCCCUCACGAUCGACUCAGAAGAGCACGGAAAGCGGCGAGCCACUCGGACCUGAACUCGGCCAGCCACGUCUCUGGCGGGGGCAGUCUGGGCACCCCCGCCGGCUUGGCGCCCAGUGCUCAUCCCUCACGGCCGCACUCACUCGCCCCCUCCAUAUACUCGGGCGUGCCUCCUAGCUCUUUCAAGGAUCUUGCUGUGCUUUAUCAAGUCGUAGCUGAGCGUCGGACGGCCUUCGACAAUCUGUUAUGGCAAGUUCCCGCGACCUCUUUGACGGCCCAUGCGUUCUUGUUCAGUAUCUCUCUGGCUGCGGAUACUGGAAGGUUUGCUAGGAUCGCUUCGAUGGGGUUGUGUAUCGUCAUCACCGUCCUGACGUUGCAUUUGUUUACAAGACAAUUGCAAGCCGAGGAUGCGGACCAUAGAUGGCUAGCAGACUUCGAAGAACGCCAUCAGAUCGAAUAUUACGAUCGCGCGCAUGGAGACAGGUGGCGAGACUACCGAGCACAAAAGCCAGCGGGAGCGGGCCGCUUAGGAUGGUUGGCAAUGCACCGGAGUUAUCCGCUCUGGUCCAAAGGAAUGCUGAUCAUCGGCUUCUUGGCCGUCGCCAUCUUGAUCCUGGCUAUCUUCCAUCCCACCGCGCUGCUCGGCUACAAUUGCGACCUCCGUUAAUCCAGAAACCCUGCUCCUCCUCCUAGUACCUACCUAUUUUUUGGGAGGAUUCAUUUCUCUCUUUAUAAGUAACGACUCAUUAUCAAACGAAGAUUUUUUUUUUUUCAUGUAAAAUAACCACAAUCCGUUCAUCUUUGGGUUUGUUUUGUGACUCUUUUUUUUUUUUUUUUGUUGGCUUGUUUUUGUUGAUCAUACUACGGAAAUAGAUCAUUUUGAUACCUCUUCAAGGGGGCACUUUUUCUUGGAA